CAGAGACAGCUGUUGUUCUGAGGUGGUAGGAUAUUAGGAUUGAGACUGUGCUGCCUUUAACAUGGAGCAAGGCAAACAACUCAAGGUUAUCAUUGUUGGAGGAGGAUUGGUUGGAUCAUUAAGUGCAUGUUAUUUUGGACAAAGAGGCCAUGAAGUCCAUCUAUAUGAAUACAGACAAGACAUACGCAGUACGGAGCUCGUCAAAGGCCGCUCCAUCAACCUGGCUAUGUCGGCGCGCGCCAGGGCAGCGCUACGCCAGGUUGGACUAGAGAACGUCAUGCUGGAUCACGGUAUACCUAUGAGGGCUCGUAUGAUACACGGGUUGGACGGCUCGUUACGUGAGAUACCUUACGAUGCACGGGGAAAGGAGUGCAUCUAUUCCGUUAGUCGCAAGUAUCUCAAUGAAGUUCUUCUAACAGCGGCAGAGAAGUUCUCAAAUGUAAAGAUACAUUUUGAGCACAAGUUGGUUCACACACGUUUGGAGGCAGGGUUGGUCACUUUUAAAAGACAGACAGAGGGUGAUGAGGUGACGGAACACGCAGACCUGGUGGUGGGGGCUGAUGGGGCCUACUCGGCUGUGAGGGCUGUGUAUAUGCGGCGGCCGAUGUUCAACUACUCCCAGACCUACAUACCACAUGGCUACCUGGAACUGUGCAUACCUCCUACACAAGACGGACAGUUUGCCAUGAAGCCCAACUACCUACACAUAUGGCCUCGAGGCUCCUUCAUGAUGAUUGCUCUGCCCAAUCAAGACCACUCAUGGACUGUCACUCUGUUCAUGCCAUUCCCGCAGUUUGCUGCGCUUGACACUCCCGCUAGGCUACUCAACUUCUUCCAAAAACAUUUCCCUGACUCCAUUCCACUCAUCGGGAAAGAUAAACUAGUCAAGGACUUCUUCGCUGCCACUGCUUCCCAUCUUGUAUCUGUUAAGUGUGAGCCCUACAACCUUGGCAGUAGUGCAGUAUUAAUCGGAGAUGCUGCCCAUGCUAUGGUUCCUUUCUACGGCCAGGGCAUGAAUUGUGGUUUCGAGGACUGCAAACUGCUAGACAAAGUUUUGAGUGACUGUGGUUGGGACUUGACCUCCGCUCUGCCUCAGUUCUCCUCACUUCGUAGCAAAGACGCUCAAGCAAUCUGUGACUUGGCUAUGUACAACUACAUAGAGAUGAGAGACCUAGUGAACAGAAAUAGUUUCUUGUGGCGAAAGAGGCUGGACAAUGUUCUCUAUUGGCUAUUCCCCUCAACGUGGGUGCCUCUCUACAAUUCUGUCACUUUCUCCGAGAUGAGUUACAGCAAGUGUGCAAAAAACAAACAAUGGCAGGACAAGAUUGUGGGUAGAGGAGUCAAGUUCUUUGGAUUGUUUGUCUUCGCCGCACUCAUUGGCUGCAGACUUUACUGGCAGCGUAUUCUUCCCACAGAUUUUUACUUCUUAAAAUCACUAAUUUUACUCUGAAUGAUUUGUCAAUGCGUGAUAUAUCUUUUGUAAAAUUGUCAAAAUUGUAUUGUCAACACCGUUUUGUGGAAUUAUGUAGCCUACUUUGAGAUGUCAACUAUUUUAUAUAAGUAUUUUUGUAAAGAAAUAAUGACCAAUCUAAUAAAUCCAUUAACAGAACGUGAAUUGAAUUUCUGUCAAAAGUAAAUAUCUUUAAUAAAUACCUCAGACCUCAAAAACAAAACAAGUCUUUUUAUUUAUAAGAAUAACUGAAUAGGCUAUAAAUAAAAAAUAAUCUAUUGUAUACAGUUUAAACGUAACAAAAUAAGAUUAAGCUAAUAAAACCAGUGGUGCUCGUCAACCUGUCAUUAUCUUGAUAUAACCACUGGUCGAUGUGCGCCACCCGUGACCACGCCCAGUAAUGUGCGUAAAACAUCACAAAGUUCUAAUGAUCUGCUAGUUUGAGUAGCGACUACAAGAGACAACCUGGCAGACGAUUAGCUUAGCUGGUUAAUGAUUGGGGUGCUAGAGCCUAAAAGACACACCUUCAGACAGUGAUGAUAUAUGUUUUGGGUUAUGUUUAAGGUUUUAUAAACCUGAUUUUUUAUUUCUUUUGUUAAUUUUAUAUUC